UAUACCAAAUAUGAUCAAAGCAAUUGCAUAUGACACUUUCAAUUAGAAGCAGGUGAACUUUGUGCAGUUUGUUUCAUUAUCGAUUAGUCAAACAAGGACAAAGACGGAAGGAAGUAGGUGAAGUUAACCUUAAUGUGAUCUCCAAAACCCCAAACGUAUUUAAAUAUCUAAAUCUGGGGUAAGAUCAAGUUCAGGAAGCUGACUAUUAAUGUCUUAUCCCUUCAUACUUCAAAUCUGCUACAAAUAUAAACACUUGUUUAGCUGUUACUGUAUAUAUUUAGUCUUCUAUUCAGAAAAUAUGUGGCUAAUCUCACUUAUACAAUCCUCUUAGUAGUUGUAGAGACUUUCAAAAGCACCCAUGCCAGCGUGCAUAGUACUUUUUUUAUAUACCAAAAAAGAUCCGCUCUAUUGCAUAAGAAACCUCAAAGUGGCCGUAGAUGAACUUGUGCAGCUUAUCCUUUGACUGUUUCACCAAAGGAAAGGAAGGAAGGAAGUGACAGAAUUUAACAUUAAUGUGAUUUUCACAGACACAACCCACAUUCAACCAACAAAAUCAAGGGUAGGUUCAAACACUUCAUGAAGCUGAAAACAACUCUUCUGGAGCUUUCCCUUUAAACUUUACAUCUGCCACAAAUUUAAACACAUGUUCAGCUGUUAUUGUUCAUGCUGAGUCUUAACAUACGGAAAAUAGACUUUGAUGAGAGACAAAAUCAGGCAGCUGUAUCUCAAAUAGGAUUGCAUAACGUACUGUAUUAUACAAAAAAGACAGGUAGUGUAUUUCCCUCAUUGCACAUCAGGUCAUCUCAGAUGAAAUGCAUGGUGUGAAGAAAAAGUCCCUGUCGUAUUUCUGUGUUUGAUAAACUCUGACAGUGACCUAUAAACGUGGGAAAUCACAAACCACCCACCCACCACAAACAUUCAUGUGUCAAAUGGGGGGCCGUUCUAUAAACAUUUCUUUUUGUGUCAAUGAAAUACCAUAAUUUCCAUAUCUCAUUCAACAUCUUAACAAUUAAACAACAAAAUCUUUUAAUUUCCUUCUAGUCUUACUCUCAUUUUAGGGGAACUGAGGGUGACCAUUUGUUCAUCAUCAAACUUACACUAUAUGAAACUGUAUUUUGGCUUCAUCAAUCAAAUAAAAGUUUCACACCAGUUAAAAUGUGGUGCUUCUCAGUUUCGUUCCACAUGCAAUUCUUUUCGUUGUCCACGAGUGGAGCCACCUACAGCACACCCCCUCCUACCUCUCUGUCUAACCACAACUCUCUCUACAGAGGAAAAAAAAAAAAAAUCUUAUAUUCACUACAAGCCCAUGUCAAAGGGAAAACCCUGCAAACCUGACAUGUCUCUCAGAGAGAAGCACCAGAUGAAUUUGGACACUGAGAGUGCAACACACACUGGAAUGGAGGGUCAAUCGAGGUCCUCCUAUAAGUACCUGCUGCUGCAAGUGUGGUGUGGUCUCCUCACUGUGGCCAUGGUGGUUAUGGCUGCAUUUCUCACUUCAAUCAAACCAAAGUUAACCGAGGACGAAGGGUCAACGACACUGAAGCCAGUCAGCCCUGUCAGUCCAACAAUCAACACUUUGCCGGCUCAUUUAAAGUCAGUAGGAUCUUCUCUCUCAUACAUCCAGCUAAUCAAGUCUUUGAACAAUCACUGGGAAGUAUUGCCUGGGUGUAACUCCUGCUCCCUCUCCCUGCAUGAGGACUCUAUCUUGUGCAAGGAAGACAGCCUCUACUUCAUCUACGCUCAGGUCACCUUCACCAAACACCCAAAUGGAAGCAAGGCCAAAUCUGUGAUUUUGAGAAGAAACACCACAUAUGGUAAAAGCAUGAAGAAACUGGUUGAGGGGAUCUUCUCAAACACAACCGAGGGCUCUGUGUGGGUGGCCAAGAUUGUCAGCCUACAGAACGGAGACAGCAUCAGCUUAGAUAUCACAGAUGAUUUUCUAAUAGACAGCACAUUCUGGGGUGCAUAUCAGCUCCAUUAGCGGUGCAGGUCUCUAGGAUGUUACUAUACAAGGGAAAAUAUUUUUUCAGUUGGACUGGUAUGUUAUUAGCAGGCCUAUACUAGUAUGUUUCAACAAAAGUUGUUUAUCACCUCUAUUUUUUACCCAAUAUUUUGUGCCGGAUAUGUUACUGAUAAUUAGUAAAGCCUUUUAAUCAUCUUUGUGGCCAACAUGGAACACUAAAAUGCUAAAACGCUCCAUCAAGCAGGGUGUGGAAGGUUUUAACUUCAGAUUUCUUUUUACUGUAUCAGCCCAACCUUGGUAGAGUCUCUACUUUUAAGUAGAGAUUCUGACAAUUCUGUGUCUUGAAGUAGUGUGCCAUUUGGUGGUGGUGUAAAUUUCUAUGGAUUUUAAAUUAAUGUAAACUUUGAAUGUCUAGGGCAUGAAUACAUUUUGUCCCUGCUAUGUGCUUGUUUAAUUUAUGAAAUGGGAUAUUAUAUUGUGGUGGUAAUAAAAACUAUACUAUUUCAAAGCCA